AUGGGCGACAAUAACAUCGCGCUCCGUCCGUACUUCGAACAGAGCGGCUUCUACCAGCGGAGCUCUGGAGAGCAGGCCUACCCGCCCGGGUUCCUCGGCUUCCCGAACUACCAGCAGACGCGCGGCCAGGAGUCGCCCUUCGUGGACCCGACUGGCGCGUGCAAGCUCUACCCGGGCAACGAUGUGUCGGCCACCGCCUACAAAGUCGACUGCUCCAAGGAGCCGAACGGCUACAGCCCCAAGGAGCUGAGCGGCUGGCCGGGCUCGGUGGCGGCGGUGCCGGCGCCGGUCGGUUCGCCGGCCUGCCGGCGGCCGCCGUCGACCCGGCCCGGGAACGUCAGCAGGCGGGCCUCCAACUGGCUGGCGGCGUGCAGCCAGAGCACGGCCCAGCAGAGCGCCCAGCUGGCGCAGCAGCCCAGCCAGUACGCCAGCACGCCUAUCUACCCGUGGAUGGCGAUGGCAGGUCAUGGUCCGCACGGCCUGCGGCGACGGGGCCGGCAGACGUACACCCGGUACCAGACACUGGAGCUGGAGAAAGAGUUUCACACGAAUCACUACCUGACUCGCCGGCGCCGGAUAGAGAUGGCGCACCAGCUCUGUCUAACGGAGCGACAGAUCAAGAUCUGGUUCCAGAACCGACGCAUGAAGCUCAAGAAGGAGAUCCAGGCUAUCAAGGAACUGAACGAGCAAGAGAAGCAGUCGCAGGCGUCCAAGUUGGCUGCGGGGGACGGGCCCCUCUCCUCGCGCCAGCGCUCCAUCUGA